GCGGGGCUUCAGCAGAAUGGCGGCGGCCGUGGCUGCAGUGGCAGCGGCGGCUCUGGGCCGAGGGCUGCGCCCGUCUCCCUCAGCCUGGCAGCUCCGAGGUCCGCUCGCAGGCCGCAGCCGGCUGCUCUGCCCCGCCGCCUGCGGAGGGGGCACGCCGGCUGUGGCUGCUGCCUCUCACCAGUCGGGGGCAGGGGAAGGCGAGCGCUACUGCAUGGAGCUGCUGCGGUGAGUCGCUGCAAAGAGCUUUUCCCCGCCCGGAUUCCUCCUACUCGCGGCUCGGAUUUUUCGUUUCGGUUUAUUUUUGAAACGCUGCGAUGAUAUGUUGGUGCAUGUGUGCUGUUGGUGCAUAUGAUAUGUGCCGCGCAUUCGGCGCUGCUCGGUGGCCCCUUGAAGGUUUUUGAUCGUGUGAAAAGAGGGAGACCCGUGUACAUUCCCUCCUUGGGGGUCACCUCUAGUGGAGCACAUGGUGUCUCCGCCUCCAACCCACCCCAAUUUUAUCCAGCCUGGUGCCUUCCAGGUGUGCUGCCUGGGCCUGGUGGGAGUUAAUAUUUAUUUUUCAUUUUUUCUCUCCCAGGAGCAAAAGGUGGGUGAACAUGGUUCUGUCGGCUUCUCCUUUAAUCUUCACAACGAGUCUGAGAGCCAGUGAUAGGCUCAAGGUCAUCCAGCCAGCUUCAUGGCAGAGGGGGGAUUUGAACCCUGGGCUUCCCCGGGUCGUAGUCUGACACUCUAACCAUUAGGCCACACUGGCUGGCUGCCCAAGCUGUGGAUUACUGCAAUGAAUACACUUUAUGCAGGCCUCCUUUUUAAAAGCAGUCCAGAAGCUGUAGCUGGUACAGAAUGCUGUCUCUGCCCAUGCAAUGUGUUGGACAGCAAGAUGGGGGAUCAUGUUAUGCUCACCUUUGAAAGCAAUGUGCUGGCUGCUAGUGAGCUGCUGGGCCUAGUUCAGGGUCAACAUCUGGAGGGCACCAGGUUGGCAAUGGCUGCCUUGCAACAACUUUGUGAGUUGGGUUAGCGUGGCAGCUGACUGGCCUUAGCUCCAUGGCUAAGUGGAGAUCUGAAACUGGGUUUCCCUCGUACUUAUAUGACACCAUAAUCCUUACUCCAGAAGUCAUUUAAUAAAGUUUGUUGCUCUGUGAAAAGCCUUGUCCGAAGUUCUUUGCUCUCUGGUGGAUCCUGCAUCUGAACUAACCUACCAGACAGUGAGGUUGAUAGAGAAGGGGAGUAUCUCAGUGGUAGAGUCAUCUGCCUUGCAUGCAGAAGGUCCCGAAUUCAAUCUUCAGCGUCUCCAGGUAGGGCUGCAAGACCCUGGCAUGAAAUCCUAACUCAGAAAGAAACAGCUUCCUAUGUUCUUAUGAACAAAGGCAGGCACAGCUUUUCUCUAGAAUCAAAGUUUUCAAAACACGUACAGCAGAAUGAGAUUGCAAAAUGCUGGCUUGAGGCUGGCUGAUUUAGGGUGAAGCAAGUUGCUACUUACGUAAUUGAUUGUUAUAGUAGUUUUACUCCCUGGGGGAGGUGUUUGUGGAAUUUUCCAGCUUGGCUGCCAAAAUUACUUGGGCAGCCUUGGAUUAUUCACCUUGACUUUGGGGUCUAGUGGCCGUGAGCCAUUUUGCUGUUUGGUCUCAUGUUGCAAAAGGCAGGAGGCUUCAGUGCUGAAGUGGCAGAAUGAACUGCCAUCACUCCAUACUGCAGGUAGAGGAAUUGUAUAUGACAGGCAUGUCCAACUCCCAAGAGACUGUGAUCUACUCCCAGUAUAAAAAACUGGCAGUGAUCUACCCAUUGUCAUUGGAGGGAGGAGGAGCGUGCGUGGGGUGGGUGGAUUAACCAGAAUUGCUUUUUUUAGGAGGGGAAGUGUCCAGAGUUAUUGAGCUUUGGGGGGGGGGGAUUGCACAGAGUUUUUUUAGCUCCCCCCCCAUAACUUUUUGUGCACGAUAAAGAUCCUGUGAUCUACCGAUAGAUCACAUUCUGCCGGUUGGACAUCCCUGGUAUAUGAUCGCUGCUGCUGCUUUUUAGUGAUGCUCUAUAACAGGGACGCGGGUGGCGCUGUGGGUAAAACCUCAGUGCCUAGGACUUGCCAAUCGUAUGGUCGGCGGUUCGAAUCCCCGCGGCGGGGUGAGCUCCCGUCUUUCGGUCCCAGCUCCUGCCCACCUAGCAGUUCGAAAGCACCCUUAAGUGCAAGUAGAUAAAUAGGUACCGCUUUAUAGCGGGAAGGUAAACGGCGUUUCCGUGUGCUGCGCUGGUGCUGGCUCGCCAGAGCAGCUUCGUCACGCUGGCCACGUGACCCGGAAGUGUCUCCAGACAGCGCUGGCUCCCGGCCUCUUAAGUGAGAUGGGCGCACAACCCUAGAGUCGGACACGACUGGCCCGUACGGGCAGGGGUACCUUUACCUUUACCUAUACCGGUAACUAGAAAACCAGUAUUGCUAGUUCAGUGGUGCAUGAUACGCUUUCAAGUGAUUCCCCAAACCAUGAUGGAAAUAAUUAUGGAGUGAGAGGAAAAUGCCCAAUCCUGUCACACCACUGAUUUUUUAUAGUAUUGGGAACCCCUGACGUUGCAUAGCACUGCAGCCCAGAGUUAAGCAUUGGUAGUGUAAAAGUCUACUAUGAGUGUGCACUGCUCCUUUUAUAGAGCACAAGAGGUUCCUGCCCUAUGGAACUUCUUUCAGUCUGAAAACUGAUACAGGGGAGACAGAAAAGGGAGAAGAAAGCAGAGGUAACUGGGAGAUGAAUAUGUUUUUUCAAUGCUGAAAGAGCAGGAGCAAAGGUUUUCGGCAGCAUUAUAUUGGGAUAGGACAGUAUAGAGAUACUGUAAGAUACUGGCCCCUGGACUGAACAGGAAGCCAGUCUAGGGAUUGAAAGAGGAGCAUAUGCUUUUCGUGCAGAAGCUCCCAGGUCCAAUUCCCAGCUUCUCCAGGUAGGGUUGAAAGAGACUCCUUGAAACUGUGGAAUGCUGCUGCCGGUCAGUGUAGACAAUAAUAAGUUAAAUGGACCAGUAGUCUCCUUUGGUAUAAGACCACUUCCUGUAUUCCCAAGGGUUGACCGAAUGGUAGUGUUCUAGGCAGGAGCAGUCGGAUGGGGAAUAUAACUGCAAACAUCUCCAUGGGUUCUAAGUUUAAACCACAAAUUCUCCCACAGGGGGUUUGUUUGCUAAUGUAUGUGUGGGUGGUCUUGACAGGAAGAGUGCUUGAAAUUGCAUCAUGCAUUCCCUGAACUGGGGACAGUUUGUAUUUCCUUCACUUUUGUUUAAAUGAGCUUGUGACAGAACAUAACGCUUGUAUCUAUUUUUGUUUUCCUCUCUAGGAAACGUGACUAUGAAGGGUUCCUCUGUUCGUUACUGUUGCCUGCGGAGUGCCGUCGCUCCGCUUUUGCUCUGAGGGCCUUCAAUGUAGAACUAGCCCAGGCAGGUAUUAAAUGAUACAUUAGUAAAAUGUUCAAUCCUUUUUUUAAAAAAGUGACAUUUAAAUUUGCCUUUUUUCCAGUUCCACGUUACACUGAUCUGUUCAGUGAACUUUCCAUAAUGUACCCCACAUCUCUUUGAGUGGCUGCAGCAAGGGUGGCCUACAUGAUGUUGUGGACCACAAUUCCCAUUGGCCAUUCUGGCUGCGAGUCGGAGUUCACAACAUCUGGACGGCACCAUGUUGACUGUCCCUUUGUAAUGUCUAAAAUCUUUGUUUUGUGCAGUACUGAUAGCCAGCUUGAUUGUGCGGUGAAUAAAUGUAGCAGGUGGCACUCAAGGAAUUGGGUAUAUGCAAAGAAAGAAAUGUUGGCUUGAUUAUUUUAAGAUCAAUAAAUUGCAGCAUUAUUCACUACCAACAUAACGUUGCUGCUGUUCCAGAUUAAAGAAUCCGUAACUCAGAAGACAAUUGGCUUGAUGAGAAUACAGUUUUGGAGGCAGGCUGUGGAAGACAUGUAUCAUGACAACCCACCACAACAACCAGUUGCCGUAGAGCUGUGGAAGGUAAGAAGUAUAUAUUUGUACUACAAUUCACGUGUGUUCGCCAUUCUUUUCAUCUCUCGGGACAUGCUGUUGGCAAACCAGCCAUUUUUGAUGCACUUGGUCUAAGCUUGAAUUCAAGGUGAUUCAGAUGUUUAAAAGAGGAAAUACAAGCACAGCAGCUGUUUGCCUCUGAGUGGGAAUUUUGGUAUUUCCUUGCAUUAGAAAGUCAUGGGAAGAUUAGGCCAGGCAUUAUAACUGACCUGUCAAGCUCAGCAUUCUUCAGUCAGAUACCUGCUUUAUUUCAAGCAUCUAAAUCAAGGGCAGUGAACCACUGGCCCACAAGCUAUAUCCAGGCCCACCAAGCCAAUGGUGCCAUUGGGAGCACUGAAUGAACCUCACCCAUACCUUCCGUCAUGGACAGCCCUGAGAAACAGCAAGGAAUCAUUUGCCGCAGGUUGGGGUGCAAGUUCUUCUUUCUGGGGCCCUUCAAUCUGCUCUCGAUGGCAGCAGGUAGAGGAGAGGUGCUUUGUUCAGGGCCGGAAAUGGUAAAUCGGGUCAGAGGCUGGUGGGUAAUUCCAUGGGGCUUAGCAGGAUGGUUUAAAACCUUUCCACCCAGCCCAGGGCUGUGAUGUGAAGUAAAAUGCUACUACCACCACCACCGCCCCACCAUUCCUCUGCUGAUCAGUGAAUGCUCUAUUUGGUGUGUGUCUGCUUUGAUGUGUGCUUGCAUGUGUGAGAGUGUGGUGUGGCCACACUCGCUGCUAGCAUCUGCCCCAGAGGGGUUGCAAUGAUGUUAUCAGGCCGAAAAAAGUUAGAUACCCCAAUUUAGGAAAUCUGCAGAGUGCUUCAUCUGGUUUAAGCAAAGUAGAUUAAAAGUUAAGCAGCUCUCCACAAAAUCACCUGCUGAUCUGGAGGGGAAAUAGCCAAGGAGACAAUGGGAAUGCAUUGCUGUGCUCCGUUCUGUUAUGAAUCAACUCAGGUAGGCACACUUCUGCUGAUCUCUAGGUGCUCGCAAAUCCACUCAUCAGUGGUGACUGUCACUGGUGAGCAGAAUGCGCCUCCCGAAGGCUGGCUUAGUUUUACCCCCAACGUGAUUCCCAGAAAUUUCAGAGGAACAGUAAAAAAACUGCCUUCUGCCAAGCCAGACCAUUGUAACACCAUAGCGGCAGCAAUUCAUGAAGGUCUUCAAACAGAAAUCUUUCCCAGUCCUACCUGGGGAUACCAGGAAUUGAACUUGGGCCCUGAUCCCUGUGGUUUGCCUUAGAGCUAUGGCUUUUGCAACCAAAUUACAAAACACAGAUGUGAAUGUAUUCCAUUGAAAUCAAUGUGACCUCCACCUGGUGCAUUUCAGGAGUAGAUUAAGGCUGUAUUUCUAAGCAUUCCUUAUUGACAGUCACCCAGUUGUUGUUGUUGUUUUAAAAAAAAGAUGAAAUUUGCUUCCUAGUAAAUUAUUUUAGAUGUCAAUAUACAGUGUUUUAAAUCCAAUGUUGUGCUAGAAAGCGAUUAAUAUAAAAGCUGGCCACAUUGCUUUUUAAAUGUAUGUAAUGGAAUAAUAGAAGAAUAAUCAAAUCUGUAAGAGUGAUCAAAUCUUCAGUGCAGAAUGCUUUUAUUGGCUAGAUAUUCAAGUUUCCAUACUAUUUUGCGGGUAAAGGCAGAUGUGGUGUGAAAAAAGAGGUUGUAUUGUGACCCUCAACUACAAGGUGAGCUUGGCUCCACAACUGAAAUGGCAUAUAUAUACCAGCAAAUCAGGCAUUAGUCUUGGGUUUCACACAAUGCUCUCCCCACUAGUCUUCUGGCAGACUUCCUGUCUUUUAGUGUGAAUGCUUAUCUGUCUGUCCAUUAAACUUGAUUUUAUUUUUAAGUACACCAUUAUGUUUAAAGGCUUAACAGAUAUAGGGGUGCAAAGGGCCAGUUGUUCAUAUGAGGAGGGUUUGGCCAAUCAGCAGAAUACUCUUGAAAAGUAUAAAAGGGUUUCUUCCCUGCUUCCCAGCAGAGGUUGACCCUGGAGAGGAAUGUGGAUUAAUUUUCAGGGAAGGCAUUUCCAGUGCAACCACUCCCCCCAACCUCUUAUUUAUCUAUUUAUUAAAUUUAUAUACUGCCUGUCAUCAAAAGAUCUCAGGGCGGUUUGCAAGAUAAAAACAAGGUAAAAGCACAAAUAAAUAGUCAAAACAGAAGCAACAAAGGCCUUGUUGAAGAGGGACACCCCCUCCCCAAUUAAACCCCUUCCCUUUCUCCAAAGAUCUCCAGUACAUAAGUAUCCCUCCCCUUUUAUGCACACAAGAACCAUAUGAGGUAGUAGAUUGGGCUGAGAUGCACAAACUUAUGGAAUACGCAGAAAUGGCGAAACUUACUGGAAGAAUAAGAAAUCAAGAAAACAAACUUUUUAUAAAAGACUGGAAAUGGUUUAUUGAAUAUUUACAGAUAAUUUUUCAAACAGAAAAAACACUGGCAGGAUUACUGUUAUAACCUGCAGUUACAUAAGAGUAUAUAUUUAAAGAAGAUAAAAUGAGUAAGAAAAGUUAAUUUGGAUAUGCAGAAGAUAUUAAAAAAUAAAUUUAAGGAACUGCAGAAAUAGGGGGAAGGAAGGCAAGUUUUAAAAUGUCAAAAUGAUUGUAAAAUCAGUGAAAUGUAUAUAUCUGAAAAAUAUAAAUAAUGUUUUGGGUUUUUUUUGAAAAAAAUAGAUUAGGCUGAGAGACGGUGAGUGGCCCAAGGUCAUGGCUGAGUAGGGACUCAAACCUGGAUCUUUCUUGUUCUAAUCCAACACUCUAACCACUAUACCAGGCUGCUGCAUGUGCCACCCCGCCGUGUAUUAGUGUACCCGUUUCAACAGAUGGCAGAAUGCUUAUUGUUCUCUCCAGUCCUUGGUGUCUCCCUCCAGGAAAGGACGUGAAUAAUUGUGCCAAGUUCCUUUUCAAUGGCUUCCUCGUGAGCUUGGCUCUUGUUCCCUGUUUCCCUUUCCAAGUCCAGUACAGUUUGUUUACUAUCCUUUUUUUUUUUUUUUUUUGCUAUGGACUUGUCCAGACUUGUUUUUCUGAGUGCCCCUUAUAGAUGAGUCAUAACUUUAUUCUUUUGUGAGUCAGAGAGGGAAGGGAGUCUCUCAGAAGAGUGGUGUUAUUUAAGCAAUUAACAUUUCUUCUGCUGCUGCACAGAUUGCACACCAUAUUUUUGCUACUCUGCACGUGUUAUUGAUAAGAAUUUUAUUGUUUAGUCAAAGUAUUUACUGUGCAGUGGGGCCAAUUCUUCCUCCAAGCUGGUUGGCGUACCAGACUUCAUACACUUCUAAAUUGGGUGUAAUUUGUGUUUUUUCUGGCACAUACAUGAUUUUUUAAAAAUAAAAAAUAAAAAUAAUCUAUCUGCUUGCCAGUCUUUAUGUGUCAUUCCCAGCAUUUAUUUUCAAGAUUUAUACUUAGCCUUUUGAUCAAAUCAUCUCCAAGGCAUCUUAAAGCAGAUUAUAAUAAUACAACACACAGCAAAUUAACUUGCCUUCUGGUGAUGGGGUUGUCAAGAGAAAAGUGGAAGGGACAGGAUACCCUUUCUGCAACUCCCUGGGGUUCCUGAUUUUCAUAUGCAGCUUGCAGUGAGCCCGAGAUAAAUGGUUUCUCUCCCUACCCCCAAGUCUGUUUUUUAUUUAUAAAAGUAUCUACCUCCCUCCUUUGCUGGGCAUCGCUCAUCCAAGGUCGCUUACAAUAUUAACUACAGAAUAAAAUAACAUCCGUGGGUGAUACCCAGCUAAGCAGUUCUGCUAGUGCAAGCAGUUUUCACUACACAGCAGAACUUCCUUUCCCAGCACACCCCCUGAAUAUGUUCUGGGAGUUCGUCCAACCCUCCGGAGCAGAUUUAGGGGAUGCCACCCCAUAAAACUACAUGGGACGCGGGUGGCGCUGUGGUCUAAACCACUGAGCCUAGGGCUUGCCGAUCAGAAGGUCGGUGGUUCGAAUCCCCUCGGUGGGGCGAGCUCCUGUUGCUCUGUCCUAGCUCCUGCCAACCUAGCAGUUCAAAAGCACGUCAAAGUGCAAGUAGAUAAAUAGGUACUGCUCCAGCGGGAAGGUAAACGGCGUUUCCGUGUGCCGCUCUGGUUUUGCCAGAAGCGGCUUAGUCAUGCUGGCCACAUGAGCUGGAAAAACUAUCUGCGGACAAACGUCAGCUCCCUCGGCCAGUAAAGUGAGAUGAGUAUCGCAACCCCAGAGUCGUCCGCGACUGGACUUAACUGUCAAGGGUCCUUUACCUUUAACCCCAUAAAAUUAAGCUCCAAUGGCAGCAGCGUAAACAAUGAUUUUAAAACAUCUUAUAAUAUAUGCCAGUUAAAAGAAAUAGAAACAACAUAACAUGACAGCAGUAUCAUGUUAGAGUCUAUCUUCCUUCACAGAGGUGAACAUGGAUGCUCAUAGCAUGUGUCUCUUUAAUGUCUUAGUUGGCAUUCACCAGCAGUUUGUGGUGCAAUAAUCAAUACUUCUGAUAUUUAUCUCUUAUUGCCAUAAUUGAUAGUUCACUCAGCUGCUAUCACUGAUGAGCAAGAGAGUUGUCUCAGCCCAUGCUUUCACUCUCCAUUCUUUCUCUAAAUUAGCUUGGAUGUUAAUGUUAAAAUCCCAACUUAAACUACGCAUCUGGCAGAAAACCUGAUGAGUUCAAGAUGCCUCUCUGGAGUAAAUAGGAUUAUGGGGGAAGGUUUGGCUUUUUCCUCUUUUUUUAAAGAAACAGUCUUUUAUUUAGUGGCUGAUUUAUAUGAUAUGAUGACGGAAAGGGAACUUUAUAUAAAUCAGUAGUAGCUUUAAGACACAUGAGAACAAAACAACAUGGAAAUAAAAUAUGACCUUCUAAUAAAAGCUGGUAUUGUCAAUAUUGCUCUUCCCCCAUGUGCUCUCUGUUCUGACCUAACUAUAUUCUGGUUUGGCUUUUCCUUGUUCUCAAAUGAUUACAUUGUGUUCCAUCAUUUCCAGGCAAUCAAGAGGCAAAAGUUAACCAAAAGGUGGCUUAUGAAGAUUAUUGAUGAAAGGGUAAGGUUUGUCCCCGUUUAAAAUAUUCAUCCAUGUGAGCUUUUCUUCUACUUGAUUCUCUGCCCAGAAAGCCUGUGGGAAACAAAAUACCCACCUCCAUAUAGGAAUAAAGUUUUAAUACAGGAUCUUUCAUUAUAUUAUGAGCAUAUUUACACUUGGGUUACAGUCAUUGCGUUGUAUCCAGCUCUGCUUUUCCACUUGUGCAAUGGAACAUCCCUUCCCCACACCUCACACCCUCCAAAUUUGCUCUGGAACUGUGGUUCCCAAUGUGGGGCACACGCCCCCAGGGGGGCAAUUUGAUUUUUAAGGGGGGCCAUUUGGAAGCUUGUUUAGACCAAGUUAAUGGCCUUUUAGGCUUCCUCCAUGUGAAUAGGAGUUCACUUUUUGAAUAGUAAGAAUUAUAUGUCACAGGGGGGAGGGGGACACCAGGAUUUUAGAGAUGCUUUGUUUAGUCGUGUCCGGCUCUUCGUGACGCCAUGGACCAGAGCACGCCAGGCACUUCUGUCUUCCACUGCCUCCCGCAGUUUGGUCAAACUCAUGCUGGUAGCUUCAAGAACACUGUCCAACCAUCUCAUCCUCUGUCGUCCCCUUCUCCUUGUGCCCUCUAUCUUUCCCAGCAUCAGGUUCUUUUCCAGGGAGUCUUCUCUUCUCAUGAGGUGGCCAAAGUAUUGGAGCCUCAGCUUCACGAUCUGUCCUUCCAAUGAGCACUCAGGGCUGAUUUCCUUAAGAAUGGAUAGGUUUGAUCUUCUUGCAGUCCAUGGGACACUCAAGAGUCUCCUCCAGCACCAGAAUUCAAAAGCAUCAAUUCUCCGGCGAUCAGCCUUCUUUAUGGUCCAGCUCUCACUUCCAUACAUCACUACUGGGAAAACCAUAGCUUUCACUAUACGGACCUUUGUUGGCAAGGUGAUGUCUCUGCUUUUUAAGAUGCUUAGGUGGCCAAAAAAAGGUUGGGAACCACUGCUCUAGAGGGUUGGGAGACCCACUGGAGCAGGUUUUGGUGGUGCAUUGGGACAGGAAGGAGAAGUCCUGUCGUGCAAUUGGAACUCUCUUAGGCAACAUUGGAUACAACCCAUUAUUCCCUCCCCCCCCAGGGGAUCCCUAAACUGCAGUGAGUGCUAUGGUUAGUUUCAAAUUAAGCCAGCCUCAAACCAUGGCUGUGUUCAUACAUAACGACAAGCCAGACGCCUUGGCAUAUUGUGAUGUUUAUUGGGAAUGAGCAGUAUGCUGGUGCACACUGCCUGUUUGCUCCUGUUCUGCUUCUCUCCUGUAACAAACAGGAUAAAACGAACCAGGAAGCCUUGAUUUCCCAUUUUGUCUGAAGCAGGGAUUGUGCUUUGUUGCUCUCUAAUCGCUAUUUUUCCGUAAUGAGAGUUUGCUUUGAUACCAGCAAGUCAUUCAACCAACUUAGCCCCAUGUUAGGAAACAGGUUUUGCUUUCUGUGUUCAAACUCCUAGGAAAAGAAUAUGGAUGAUAGAGCCUAUCGGGAUAUCAGUGAGCUUGAAGCAUAUGCUGAAAACACCCAAAGCGCUAUCCUUUAUCUGACGUUGGAAAUGCUUGGUAAGCGCCUCUUUAGUUAUCAUGUCUGUCUGCCUUUUAUCAAUGGGUGCAGAAUCCUGGGGACUGUAGCUUACAAGUCCCAGCACCCUAACAAACUACAGUUCCCAGCAUUCUCUGGGGCAAGCCAUGUGCUUUAGAUAUAUGGUGUGGAUAUAAGGCUUGUGAGGCAUUUCAGCAUUGUUUGAAAAAAUGGCUUAUAUAUAGAUUUGGGGUUGACGCUUGCAAUUUCACACAGCACUAUAAUCACAACAGUUGCAAUUAGCACGAGAGAAAUAUGGUACAGCGAAUUCAGCCUCUGCUUUUGGAGCCACCUCGCUCAUAAUUUUUCAGUUGUCUCGUAGGCACUCAUAUUUCUCAUUGCUUACACAGAGAACCUAAUUCCUGCUGUUUUGCAUAGAAUAAAUGCAGCAAAGGAAGGGGUUGAGCUCUUGGUUUCUGAGUCUACCAUUGUCCUAGGCAUUGCCCAGUACAGUGGUAAAUCAAGCAUUGGGAUAAAACGUUUUGUCUUUACUGUCAGGUCUUAAGGGCAGUCUUUGGAGACUAGACUUAGUAUUUACUAUCAAUACAAAAUGAGAUUCUUUGUGUUGAAAAUAUUCUAAUAAUAAUGCUGAAAUGAGACUUGCCCAUCCGGCUCAGUAUUGUCUAUUCCAGGGUUUCCCAAAUUUGAGUCUCCAGCUGUUGUUGAACUACAACUCCCAUCAUCCCUAGCCAGCUGGACCAGUGGUCAAGGAUGAUGGGAGGUGCUCCAACAACAGCUGGAGACCCAAGUUUCUAUUCUGAUGGGCAGCAGCUGUCCAGGGCCUUGGACAAAGGCCUCUCCCAUCAUCUGCCAUCUGAUCUUUUUAGUCUGAGCUACCAGAAAUUAAUCCUGGGACCACCUGCAUACAAAGCAUGCGAUCUGUCCCCAAGCCAUGCUACUUUGCCAGCAGUGGGAUUGCAUGCCACCUUGGUAAACACAAUUUUCCAAACCUGUGUUUGCUUAGAUCUUGCAAACACGGGACAGGGUGCAUCCUUUGUAUAGCAGAAUUGCUGGGUGAGGGAACAGCUGAACAUUGCUCCCUGCUGAACUUCCUUACAAGUGAUCCUCACUUCCCUCUAAGCAAACGUAGAGUAGGGAAACUUUGUGUUUGCCCUAUAACGUGCAGUUCUGUCCUCGGACAGCUACUGUUUUAACGUUGCUUGUGGCUUGAGUUGUGCUUUGCAGCUAAUCAUAUGUACUUGGAAGUACCAUAUUUUUCGCCCUAUAGGACGCACCGUCCCAUAAGGCACACCUAGUUUUUUGGGGGGAAAAUAAAGGGGAAAAAAUUAUUUCCCCCCAGGCGCGGGGCUGGGGCGGGGGAAGCCCAAGCUUCCCCCGACCCCAGCCCCCAAACAGGCAGCUCUCUGCAAGCCAUGGGAGCCCAGCGCUGGCUUCCGCUGCUUGCGGAGAGGUGCACGAAGCCUGGAGAGCGAGAGGGGUCGGUGCGCCCCGACCCCUCUCGCUCUCCAGGCUUCAGCGAAAGCCUGCAUUCGCCCCAUAGGACGCACACACAUUUCCCUUUCAUUUUUGGAGGGGAAAAAGUGCGUCCUAUAGGGCGAAAAAUACGGUAAGUCCCAACUGGGUGAGGUGGAACAUAGAAUCACAGAAUGGUAGAGUUUUAAGGGAUCCCGGGGGUCAUCUGGUCCAACCGCCUGCAAUGCAGCAAUCUCAACCUGUGGUCUCCCAUCCUGGUUGAAACCAUAUUGGACCCUGCUUAGCUUUGCAGAUGGGCUGAACGUGCAUGCCUUCCAGUAACUCUGCUCAGGAUUUCAUUCACGGGGUGGUUUUUAUCUUCUGUUUCUGCAAGGACAGGUGUGAAGGACCUGCAUGCAGACCACGCUGCCAGUCACAUCGGCAAAGCGCAAGGCAUUGUAACCUGCUUAAGAGCCACUCCCUUCCAUGCUAGCAGGGGGAAGGUGUUUCUGCCCAUGGACAUAUGUAUGCUGGUAAGGUGAUACAGCUGGGAUCCAAACUCAUAGCAGUAAUCACAACUGCAUUUUUUUCCUCCAGACUCUUAACAGCAGGGCUUGUUGAAUUUUUCAACUUUCACAUUCCAGCAAUGAGAGGUGCUAAAAAGUUUGUAACAUCACUUGGAAAUCCAAAAUAUAUUUUGGUUGCAUUAAUAUAAUUUAGUUUUGCUUGGUAAAUAAAAUGCACAUAAAAUUGCAUUAAAAUCAUUAAAAAUGAUUGCCAAGUACUUGCAGUUACCGUAUUUUUCGCUCCAUAGGACGCACUUUUUCCCCUCCAAAAAUGAAGGGGAAAUGUGUGUGCGUCCUAUGGAGCAAAUGCAGGCUUUCGCUGAAGCCUGGAGAGCGAGAGGCAUCGGUGCGCACCGACCCCUCUCGCUCUCCAGGCUUCAGGAAGCUAUCCGCAAGCCUUGCAAGCCCGGUGGGAGUUCCCGCGGGCUCACAAGGCUUGCAGGCAGCAGCCUGCAGCCCCAGCAAGUGUCCGCAAGCCUUGCACGCCCGGCAGGAGGUCCCACCGAGCGCGCGAGGCUUGGGGCAGCAGCCUGUCGCCCGAAGCACGGGAGCCCUCCGGAGGGCUCCCUUGCUUCGGGGAGUGUCUGCAAGCCUUGCGCGCCCGGCAGGAGGUCCCGCCAAGCGCGCGAGGCUUCGGGCGGCAGCCUGUCGCCCGAAGCACGGGGAGCCCUCCGGAGGGCUCCCCAUGCUUCGGGGGAGUGUCUGCAAGCCUUGCGCGCCCGGUGGGAGGUCCCGCCGAGCGUGCGAGGCUUGGGGCGGUAGCCUGCAGCCCGAAGCAAGCGAGGCUUGGGGCGGCAGCCGCGGCGGGGGGGGGGAAUAAAUUUUUUUAUUCAUUUCCCCCCCAAAAAAACGAGGUGCGUCCUAUGGGCCGGUGCGCCCUAUAGAACGAAAAAUACGGUAUAAUAAUAAUAAUAAUAAAUUUUAUUUAUACCCCACCCUCCCCGGUCAAGACCGGGCUCAGGGAGGCUAACAUCAGGUAUAAAAACAAUUGAUUAAAAACAGGAUUAAAAUAAUAAUAAUAAUAAUAAUAAUAAUAAUAAUAAUAAUAAUUAAUAAAUUUUAUUUAUACCCCACCCUCCCCAGCCGAAGCUGGGCUCAGGGCGGCUAACAACAAUCAAAAUAAUCCAACAUUCUAAAAACCUUUCAUUAUAAAAAUUAAUUAAAAUCAAAUUGAUGGCAACCAUUAAGCAAAAUUCUGUGCAGAUUGCCAGAGGAGGGGGUCAGGCUGCGCCCUGACCAAAGGCCUGGUGGAACAGCUCUGUCUUACAGGCCCUGCGGAAAGAUGUCAGGUCCCGCAGGGCCCUAGUCUCUUGUGACAGAGCGUUCCACCAGAUUGGAGCCGCAGCCGAGAAAGCCCUGGCUCUAGUUGAGGCCAGCCUAACCUCUCUGUGGCCUGGGAUCUUCAGGAUGUUUUUAUUUGCAGACCAUAAGUUCUUCUGUGGGACAUACCAGGAGAGGCGGUCCCGUAGGUACGAGGGUCCUAGGCCGUAUAGGGCUUUAAAGGUUAAAACCAGCACCUUAAACCUGAUCCUGUACUCCACCGGGAGCCAGUGCAGCUGGUAUAGUACCGGAUGAAUGUGAUCUCGCAGCGAAGACCCCAUAAGGAGUCUCGCCGCGGCAUUCUGCACCCGCUGGAGUUUCUGGGUCAGUCUCAAGGGCAGCCCCACAUAGAGCGAGUUACAAUAAUCCAGUCUGGAGGUGACUGUCGCGUGGAUCACAGUGGCUAGGUCAGGGCGAGAGAGAUAAGGAGCCAACUGCUUAGCUUGGCGGAGAUGAAAAGUGCCGCCUUUGUUAUAGCUGUAAUCUGCGCCUCCGUAGAGAGGGAGGUAUUGAAGAUUACACCCAAACUCUUAACGGACGAUGCUGGCACUAAUUGCACCCCCGCCAGAGAUGGGAGUUGCCCCCUCAAUCCCAUAUCGCCCCGUCCAACUUAAAAUACAACUUAAAAUGCAGCCUUAUUUCAGUGGAAGUAUAGAUUAAUAUUAUUUUUUGUUUCUAUAUUAUACAUAUUUUAUAUUACCUGACACUUUCAGAAGAUAAAAUUAAAAUUCUUUGGCUUUCCGAGAGCAGUUUAUUUGCUUAUUAAUCAAACAUAGACUUAGCACACUAAAAGUUGUCCAGUCACAAAGAUAAUAGAAGAUUUGAAUUCCCUACACCCAAAAGCAUAUUUUUAAGACCCCUCACUGAAGAAAUUUGCAAAAAUUAAGUUUCACCCUUAAGAUGACAUGUGCUACUGUAACAGCAUCUGUAUUUGAUCAGGGCAUUGAUGUAAAAUUUGAUGGCUUAUUAGCAUGCAUUUCCAUUAUCAUACAUUCCAGUAUUGCUCCUUUCUUGAAAGGGCUUCACUCAGUCACGUGGCUCAUUCUGAUAAUGAGCAGGAAAUAACUGAAAGGCUUUUUACCUAAUCUUUGGAACAAAGUGCUUCUUGAUGUUACGUUGCUGAUUCCUGUGGAGUGCAAUGUUUACCUGUUGAGGGGGAAGAAAAUCUGUGUGGAAUAGGUAGUACUCCCUCCAGAAAUAGGAAGCUGCUUUAUACUGAGUCAGGCCAAUGGUCCAUCUAGUUUGAUAUUGCCUAUACUGACUGGCAGCGACUCUCCAGAGUUAUGGACAGGGGUCUCCCCAAGCCCUACCUAGGCCAGAGGCUGAAAAUGGAUCCUUCCACAUGGGAAUCAAAUACUCUACUCCUAAGCUAUAACCUGUUCCCAUAAUUGAACCUCUCUACCAACAUAGGGACGCGGGUGGCGCUGUGGGUAAAACCUCAGUGCCUAGGAAUUGCCGAUCGUAUGGUCGGCGGUUCGAAUCCCCGCGGUGGGGUGAGCUCCCAUCUUUCAGUCCCAGCUCCUGCCCACCUAGCAGUUCAAAAGCACCCCUAAGUGCAAGUAGAUAAAUAGGUACCGCUUUAUAGCGGGAAGGUAAACGGUGUUUCCGUGCGCUGCGCUGGUGCUGGCUCGCCAGAGCAGCUUCGUCACGCUGGCCACGUGACCCGGAAGUGUCUUCGGACAGCGCUGGCUCCCGGCCUCUUAAACGAGAUGAGCGCGUAACUCUAGAGUCGGACACGACUGGCCCGUACGGGCAGGGGUUCUUUUACCUUUACUUUACCAACAUACCUGCGACAUGGGUGGCACUGUGGGUUAAACCAGAGAGCCUAGGACUUGCCAAUCAGAAGGUCGGCAGUUUGAAUCCCCGCGAUGGGGUGAGCUCCCGUUGCUUGAUCCCUGCUCCUGCCAACAUAGCAGUUUGAAAGCACGUCAGAGUGCAAGUAGAUAAAUAGGUACCGCUCUGGCGGGAAGGUAAACGGCGUUUCUGUGCGCUGCUCUGGUUCGCCAGAAGCAGCUUAGACAUGCUGGCCACAUGACCCAGAAGCUGUACGCCAGCUCCCUCGGCCAAUAAAGCGAGAUGAGCACCGCAACCCCAGAGUCAGCCAUGACUGGACCUAAUGGUCAGGGGUCCCUUUACCUUUACCUUUACCAACGUACCUACUCUUGAGGAGCUUACAACCUAAAAUUUGAGACAGGAAAACUACAGAGGAAGGGAAAGCAGGAGGAAACAGGGUGGCAAGAUGUGACGGUUUCACUUAAACAUGUGGUUUGGCUUUGUCACAGCCUAGUAAAAUGGUAUGUACUGUGGCACCAUUCACAAAAACUACCUUGGAGAUAUUGACAUUUUCAAAAGUGGGGAGUCUGUGGCUUGGCCUUUGGAAAACAGGGAGUCCACAGCAAUGGGGAACCACUGACUUAGUACAAUAAAGAGCCCACAGUUGCCUGCAGUUUCCACCCCCUAGUUUGCUAAAAGGCCAUGGAGGAAGGGGAGCUGCUGUCUCUGCAGUCCAGCCAGGAAUGUGGCCUCUUAGUAGGCUAGUUUUCAAAGCUACUUGUACCCAAAGGGCUGGUGGAAGAGAGAUGGAUCACGCACCCUACCAUGCCAGUUUCCAUGCUGGCUAUGCAGGAGGGAUAGAAUGGUCUGUCCCUUCUCUGUCAAACCACUCACUUGCCUGAAUGGAAUUCCUUAGUUUCCUGCAGCAGCCAGGUGCGCUUUGUUAAAUACACAACUGGCCUCCGUCACAGUGUGACCUUGGGUAACAGGAAGCCUCUGUUGUAACUUACACUCGAGGGUGGGGAAGUUUGGCUUGUUUGUUUUUUUUUUUAUAAGAUAUUUAUUGAGAUUUUCAAAAUGUUACAAAAUAAAAAUAAAGAAAGAAGAAAAUACAAAAUAAAAAUGGUUAACAAAGUAAACAAAGAGAGAAACAAACCACUUCCAACAAUACGAAUACAAAUUCAAAAUAAGAAAAAAAAACCCCGAAAAAAACAAAAAUACACGACAAACAUUUAAAAACAUUUAAAAACAAAUUCAUUUUUCUCAGAUCCUCAACUGUCAUUACCUUCUUUCUUUGACCUCCUCCUCCUCCCUUUCUUUGUAUCCUAGUUAUUAAUUAUCCCAGCAAAUCCUUUCCAUAUUUCAUAAUAUUCUGUCGUUACAUUACCUUAAACUGUUUUAAUCUUAUCUUUUUAUAAAAAAACCUUGAAACUUAAAGCUUAAGUCUUAUCCUUACCAACUUCAUAACCAUAAUAUUCUUUCAUAAUUCUUUAAGCAUCUUUACUAAAGCCGAGUAGUUUCAUUCCAACAUUUUUUUAACAUUCAUCAAUUUUAUAAAACAGUCCUAAUAGUAAAAAAAAAGAAAGAAAAGAAAUACAAACAGAUCCAAUCUUCAUCCAGCGUCCCUUCCUCCUGGUCCCGGGUUUUGUCAGUCCUUAUUAUCCCAUCGAUCUAGCGCAUUAACCUGGCAACCUUAUAUCCGAGGCCCUCAAGUCUCUUCCAUGUCCCUUCCGCAGCUCUUCUUCAUAUUUGUAACUGUAUUUUCCCUUGUCUCCUGCUCGUGGUAACUCCAGCUUGGCAAUAUUUUUGACCCUUCUCGACAGAUCAGCCCCUUUUCCAUAUUCAACACUAAAUUCCAUGUGAUGUUUAAAAACAUGUUUCAAAAACCCUCCAAAAUUAAGAGCCCCCACAAUCCCAAACAUCUCAUGGCCCAUUGCCAGAUUUGAAAAGUCCAAACAUCCCAGCAUAGGGGGGUCAAUCCAGCCCCCCAUUUCCAAGCCAAACCAAACUUUUUCUUUCCAAAUCUGGCUUUUUCCAAGUUCAUUUGUCAAAUCCGAAAACUCAUAUCCCUGUUGGGCCUGUUCUGUCAGGACACACUCCUGAUUUAAUUCCUGGAUGGGCUCCACAUAUUUUCCCACUGUCUGUUCAAAAUUUCCCACUGCCUGUUCAAGAUUUCUAGUCGAAGUCGCCAUCAAAUUCAUCUUCUCAUGUAACUGUUCCAGUAGGGCAUUUGUUUUAUAUAAAGCAUACAACAGAGCUUCUGAAUACAUUGUCCUGCAAGGUCAAAUGUCUAUUCCCACGAUUGUAAUCUGUAACAGCUGCCGGCUCCCUGGAAUUAGUUACAGUUUCACAGUCUCCCUCUAGGGGGAAAACUUCUAUUUGUUCUUGCAACAAAGUUUUCCUUUUUGAGAUAUUUUGUCAAUAUUUGUUCCUUUAAAAUGCGAAAGGAAACAGUGGAAUCACUAUGUUUCUCUUCUUUAGCUAUCUGUCAAAAACGUUUGUCUCUGGUCAAUGAGCUUCAAACGUCAGUCCUGACACCCCGCUCCAGGAUCAGGACGGUGGAAAGUUACUUUACUUUAAACUCACUUUAAACAGUCCAAAAAAGAUCCCCCUUCUUCUCCUGCUGUCGAAGGGGGGUUCCACAAUUUUAAAUGAUGAAAUCCAAUCCUUUAAAGGCGAUUUUCUAGGCUCUAGUUUACGUUGUCUUUGCUUUAUUCUGUCUACAAAAGAACGGAAGGCUGACUUCCUGUUUAGACCUUCCCGUUCAGUACCAAAUUGAAAAUAAAUUUUUAAAUCCAAUUCCUUUCUGCUCGCAAGUCCUUAUUUAAGGUCCAGUUGUUCAAAGUUUAAGUACUCACGGGUGCUUAUUUUAGAGUCCAAUUUGUCCCAGGAAAAAGGCAGCGCUCUCCGGCAACGGCUAUGCGGCUUCGCUCCAUGGAAAUAGCAGUUGACUCACAGCACCGCGCCAAUUUCCCCUCUUCACUUCGGAGCCCGUUAAUGGGUUCCUUUGCGAGUUGGGGGGGCGCUAAUGGUGCCCGCCGAGUCCCAUGGUCACAGGCUUCAUCCGCCUGUGAUUUUUAAAAGGGUCCCCGCUUCGCCGUAGUGGAGAAGACCCGUUUCACGCGGAGCUAGUCCCUCCAGUUCAGAGGGAGUCCGCCAUUGCUGAUGGCGCCACCCCGGAAGUCUUGUGCAUCGGGAAGUUUGGCUUGUUUCUUGGAGUGACUGGCACACGUUUAUUAUUAAUAAUAAUUCAAUUUAUAUCCCACCCUUCUUCCCAAACAGCCCAAACACACCACUGAAACAGUACCAUUAAAAACGUUCCAAGAACAGUUUUAAAACAAUCACAUUCUCUCAGCCAGCGGCUGUCGGGAACCGUGCCUUUCAGCCAUCAGAUACCUGAGUAAAUGAAUAUGUUUUUAAAUUCCCCCUGAAAGUCAAUAAUGGGUAAGACAGAUGGGCCCCACCAGGGUAAGGCAAUGCCGCAAGUGAGGAACCACUGCAGUGGUACCUUGGGUUACAGAUGCUUAAGGUUACAGAUGCUUCAGGUUACAGACUCUGCUAACCCAGAAAUAGUACCUCGGGUUAAGAACUUUGCUUCAGGAUGAGAACAGAAAUCGCACAGCAGCGGUGCAGUGGCAGCAGGAGGCCCCCAUUAGCUAAAGUGGUACCUUGGGUUAAGAACAGUUUCAGGUUAAGAACGGACCUCCAGAAUGAAUUAAGUUCUUAACCUGAGGUACCACUGUACUGAGGAAUUCCUGUCAUGGGACAACACCAGCAGGGCAACCCCAGAAGGCCUCACCUGUUGAUCCAAGAUGGUUAAUACUGGGGAAGGCACUCUCUUAGAUACCCUGUUCCCAAGCUGUUUAGGGCGUUAUAUGUUAGUGCUAAUGCUUUGAAUUGGGCCCACUAGGCCAGGGAUGUCCAACCAGUCAACCACAAUUGACUGGUUGAUCCCCGGGAGGUUUGAGUCGAUUGUGGUCGAUCACGGGCUCUUUUUCCUUUGCGGGGGGAAAAGAGGAUCCGGCCCUGCCCUCUCACCCCGUCUUUGAUUCACACAUGAUCCCUAGAACGGAAGACAGAGUUUUUGCUGGGAGGCUGUUUGUUUCUUGAUCGAUAUUUUGGUGAGCGACUUUUCCCUUCCCCCCCUAAAAAAAGGUCAACAACUUUGACCUGAACCCCCCCAAAAAGGGGCAGAUCACUGUCAGGUUUUUUUCUUUUCUUUUUUUAAAUGAUAUUUAUUAAGAAUUUUAGAAUUACAGAAAAAACAAAAAAGAAAAGGAAAAAGAAAAAACAGAAAAAAACAAACCAGUCAAACAAUACAAACUGAUAAAAAUCAAAAUCAAAAAAUAAGAACAAAGCACGUAACACAAGACAAUCAAAAAGCAAAAAUAAGCCACAAACAUUUAAAAACAAAUCCAAUAUUCUCAAAUCCUUAACUGUCAUUACCUUCUUUCUUUGACCUCCUCACUCCUCCCUUUUUUUGUAUCCGAGUUGUUAAUUGUCACAGCAAAUCCUUUCCAUUUUUCAUAAUAUUCUGUCAUUACAUUGCCUUAAUCUAUUUUAACCUUAUCUUACUAUAAAAGACCCUAAAACUUGAAACUUAGAUCUUAUUUAUACCAAUUUCUCAUAACCAUAACAUAUUCUUACACACUGUCAGGUUUUUUUCUGUAAGUAGAUCGCAGUCUCUUGGGACCUGGACGUCCCUGCACUAGGCCACACAGCCAUCAGGCUGCCCCACUUCCUCUGUCAAAUGCCCCCUCUCUUUAAAAAAUGGUACCUUCUUGAAGAAACCAGAGGCCUUUCUUCUGGGCAUUGUCGGCCAAUUGGUGCCAAAGAAGGACAGAACUUUUUUUAUGUAUGCUACAACAGCAGCAAGAAUACUUAUUGCAAAGUAUUGGAAGACACAAGAUUUACCCACUUUGGAAGAAUGGCAGAUGAAGGUGAUGGACUAUAUGGAAUUGGCAGAAAUGACUGGCAGAAUCCGAGACCAGGGAGAAGAGUCGGUGGAAGAAGAUUGGAAGAAAUUUAAAAAUUAUUUACAGAAAUAUUGUAAAAUUAAUGAAUGAUAGAAUGAUGUUGGAUAGUAAUUAAGCGGUUUCUAGCUGUAAUGCUUUAAGAGAAUAUGAAAAAAGGGUUAUAAAUGGGUUAAAAUCUAAUGGUAAGGAUUUGCUGAACCAAUAAAUUGAAGUGGAAUACAAAAAAGGGAGGUAUGAGGAGGUCCGGGAAACAAGCUAAAGGAAAAUAAGUAACUGAAAAUAUGUGUGUUUUUAACUGUUUUUAUUUUGUAUUUUUCUUUUUUCUUUUUCAUUUUUACUGUAAUGUUUCAAAAAACCUUAAUAAAUAUCUUAUAAAAAAUGGUGGCUGACUAGUGCCUUGAAGCAUUAAUUUUUCCUUUGCUGUUUUUGCCUGACCAGAAGCAGGUAGAAUGAUAUUUCUGUACAGGGUAUGUAAAGCCUGAGGAUGUUUCAUGAGGGAGGAAGAGUAUGGGAACAUGUGCUGACAUGAUACGAUUUAAAGUGCCAAAUUAAAAAUGAUAAUUGUGCUGCAAUUGUGUAGGCAGGCCAUUCCUAAUUUAUUUACCAGAAAUGUUUUUAGCUUGUGAUGUUUUCUCCUCCUCACCCCCUUCCUGGUGUAUUAGCAUGGUGUUUCGCAAGAGGAUUUCAUCAGGCGUAAUCAGGAGAAGAAAAUGAGGGAUGUAAUAUAUGACAUUGCCAGUCAAGCACACGUACAUCUGGAGCACGUGAGUUUCUGCCCUUUUUCCUGAUAUCUCUGUAAGAAUAUUAUUGUAAACAAUGACUGUGCAAAACAAUUACUCCCUUUAGACUUUCGUAGCAUCCAGCAUUUUGAUGGUCGACGGUAUAGCCUUUGGUUGUUGGUGGCUCCCACCCUGUUUGCCUAGGAUGGGACUGAAAAAUGAGCUUUGAAUGUGAUCAGAAGUCUUAUAUGAAUAUUUUAUGAUAUUCUAUAUUUUAUGAUAGGAAGUAUUUUCAUAAAUAAAUGUUCAUGCUUUAAAAAAAAAUCCACACACAUAUAAAAACGCUGUGAAAAACUGCUUUUCUCAGUGAAUUUGGCGUAGCUCACUGUCGCCAUCUAGGGUCACAUUUGUAUAUUGCACUUUACGGCGCAUUUAAAACGUUUUAUUUGCAUCCGUAUAGCUGAGUCCCAGUGUUUAAGUGAGCCACUUCCAUCUGAAGAAAAAGCAGCCUUUGAGCCCCAGUUCAGAGUAUUCAAGUAACCUGGGGAAAAUAGUCCCCUCUCUGACUGCUAUUUGUUCCCAGAGGUGCUGUUUUGCUGGAAACAACCCCUUUAGGGGCAAAUAGCAGUUGGGUUGGGGGGGGGGUGUCAAGAGAUUUUUGAUGCAUGGCUUUGUUCCAGAUCAGGGCCCCUGUGGAUGCUUUCCCUUCAAAAUUAUAAAUGCCCAGUAUGUUUUUAAAAGCACAGACGACACGGCCUGUAACUUGGCCCCUGCAAAAGUGACAUCUGCUCAGAUACUUUUCCUAGGGAUGCCUCCGAAAACCUGCUUCUGCUAGCAGCUGGUGCUGUCUUGCAGUUCAGCCCAGGUGGUAUCCCUGAUUAGUGCUGUCACUUUCAGGUUUUGCGAAGCCAAUGGAAAGAGGCAUGGGCUUUCUCGUGCCCCUCUUGGUGCCUGCGCUGUCAUUCACACCUGAUAUAACGAGUGGCAAACUGAGCGAGACAAAACACAGCAAAAGGGAAGGAGCUGUAACUGGCGUGGGCAGCAUAGCCCAAACCACAAGGCCCAUUUCUUUUUGUUCUGCAGUCUCUGCUUGUCCUGUUUGACAGUAAUGCGAUGCGCUGUGGACAGGGCCUUUUGUUGAAGAAUCAGCUGGCACUUUUGUUGGAUGCCCCCAUCUCCACUUGCAAGCUGCUCUGCUGCCGAUUCCGUGCUUGGACGAAGGCUCCUUUCUCAGCAAACCAUUAAAUAAAUUGGCAUCCUCUCUCGUCCCAGCCCUGUUCCCCACCCACCAACACAGACAAAGGCAAUAGCUAGGUAUAAUCCAUAAUACAUAAAGGAUAUGUAUUGAUUCUAUUGAGAAUGGAUGGGGAAAAAAAUGAUUUACAGUGAGUGAGCUUUGAAGGGUCAGCUCAUGUUUCUGGUAACACAGGCAAGAUUGGACUGUAUUUUCAGGCAAUGUACUGAGCUGUAACCAGAAUGAAAUUAUUGACUGUUGUAAAUGCAAAUUAAACUAAAUUGAUGGGUGCCAUCAAAGCUCGAUGAAAGUUGCUGUUCUAGUGAAUCUUCAUUUAUGGCCAGCAGAGGGCAAAAUAAACCUUCUGUCUAAGAUGAUUCAGAUUUUCUUUCAGUUUGAUGUCCUCAGAAUUGCAGACUUAACCCUGGGAAAUGUUGUAACUCCUGCUAGCAUCCUGAUUUAGUUCUGUGUGUCUCUUGAUUGAUUAACAUCCAUCUAUGUUUGCAAAGUGAAAUAAUGUGCUCUCUGCCAGACCUUCAAAUUCAGUUAACUACCGUACUUUUCUGUGUAUAACAUGCCCCCGUGUAUAAAACACCCCCUAUUUCUGGGGACUCAAAAUUAAGAAAAUUAUUGUUGCGCUUUUUUGGGGAGGAUUGCCCACAGUUGUUGAGCUUUUCUCAGGGGGAAAUGCCAAAAAUUGCUCAGCCGCCAGACCGACAGUGCUGCUCGCACACAUCGACAAAGCAACCUAUCCUCUGUCCCAACGCUGAAAAAAGCAGCAAAAGGCCCACUCAUUUGACACAGCAACAGCCAAUCAACAUCUGCCCUUGCAGCAGCCACCAAUAACAAUCUCCAACUCACAGCAGCAGCCAAUCCCACGGCCCCACAAUGCACUUGUAUAAGACAACCCCUAAUUUUGAACAUGAUUUUUGAUUAAAAAAACAUAGUCUUAUACAUGGAAAAGUAUGGUAUUAAUUUCAUUUGAUCUCUUUACACUAGUUUUUCCUCCAAAAAAAAGAAGGGGGGGGGGGAGGCCAAAGCAGUUAACAAUACUUUACCCCAAACAAAUAUAACAAUAUUGGAAAUGGCAAAUUGACUAGGGAUGCUUGAGCAGUUUGGUUUCUGUGAAUUCCUUGGGGCUCGGACGUAGUCUUUUUGAUAGUGCUUUAUCACGGACAGUAAUGACUGACCAUCUUUUAGCUUUGACAUGCUAAAUAUUCCUGUUGUUGGAGAACUUGGCCUACAAAGGGAUUCUUAGAAACCAAGCAAGUCAUUGUUAUUUGAUAUUAAGAUUUUGUUUAAGGGAUUGGUGGAAACACAUAUACCGUAUUUUUCGCUCUAUAAGAUGCACCAGACCACAAGACGCACCUAGUUUUUGGAGGACGAAAACAAGAAAAAAAAAUAUUCUGAAUCCCAGAAGCCAGAACAGCAAAAGGGGUGCUGUGCAGCGAAAGCAGCAAUCCCUCUUACUGUUCUGGCUUCUGGGAUAGCUGCGCAGCCUGCAUUCAUUCUAUAAGACGCACACACAUUUCCCCUUACUUUUUAGGAGGGAAAAAGUGAGUCUUAUAGAGCAAAAUAUACGGUAUAUUUAACUGCAUUUGCAAUCCAAAUGACGCUGAAAUAUUUACUUCAGCCAUGCAAAUAAUCUGUGGAGUCCAUUGCUCUGCCAGUUGCUUCCCACUCUUUCUUGUUGUUUGUUGCAUAUCUUGUUGCCUGUUGCAUAUCCUUCCUGCCCACACACCACAACCUAGUCAUUCAUGCUUCUUCAGCUGCCUGGACAGCUGAAAUAGUCUUCUUCUGUGUUCCAGCACAGAAAUAGCAAUGCAGUGCUGUGAAGCCUCUGUAUGCUGUCCCGUCCAGCAUCCAUUGGCGCAUGGGAGAGAGCAUGCAGUCUUAUGGCUAUGCUCUUUUGCCCUGACAUUUGGCUGCUUCUGUCAGUCUUGCAAGAUGGGCAUUUAAGGAGAAAAUACCAUGCUCUUUUCAGCUUGGCCUAGUGGGUGUGUUGGAGUUUGGUUACUUACCUGAGCCACUGAGUCAGGGGCAAAUGGCACCUCUGUCUUACUGCAUUACUUAAUGUGCUCGUCUUACACCUGGGUUGCAGCUGAUGUGUGAAACAUAUUCUUGUUUUGGUUGUAAACCUUCAAGGCAACUCCAAAUCAAGCAAAAGUGUUUGUUGGUUGGUCCUCAGUUAGAGCUUGAGAGUAGUGCAAUUCUUGGUCAUGUUUUUUUUGUGAUGACCAAUGCAUUAAUACAAUAUAAAACUUCCUUUUACAUCCAGCAACACAGUUAAGACUGUGAAUCAACAACUUUGAUCAUGCAUGGAUCAGACAUUGGUCUACAGUGGUGCCCCGCAAGACGAAUGCCUCGCAAGACGGAAAACCCGCUAGACGAAAGGGUUUUCCGUUUUUGAGUUGCUUCGCAGGACGAAUUUCCCUAUGGGCUUGCUUCGCAAGACGAAAAUGUCUUGCGAGUCUUGAGAUUUUAUUUCGCUUCCCCCCCCCUUUUUCUAAGCCGCUAAGCCGCUAAUAGCCUUUUAGCAGCUAAGCCGCUAAUAGCCUUUUAGCAGCUAAGCCGCUAAGCCGCUAAGCCUUUAAUAGCCGCUAAACUGCUAAUAGCGCUAAUCCGCAAAGCCGCUAAUAGGGUUGCUUCGCAAGACGAAAAAACCGCUAGACGAAGACACUCGCGGAACGUAUUAAUUUCGUCUUGCGAGGCACCACUGUAUUUCAUUGUUCAAAGCUUGGAUUGUCACCACAGCACUAAUAGAAAUAAACUGAUGUUGUUGUUGUUAGAUGAGCUGGAUGUAGCUCAGAGCAUCUGCUUUGCAUACAGAAGGUCCCAGGUUCAGUUCCUGGUAUUCCCAUCUACUGCUGGGAAGGACUCCUGCCUGAAAUUAAAAAAAAAUAUUAUUUAUAUGCUGCCCAUCUGACUGGGUUGCCUCAGCCAUUCUGGGCAGCUUUCCACAAAAAUUAAAAAUACAUUAAAAACUUCCCUUUACAGGGCUGCCUUCUGAUGUCUUCUAAAAGUCGUAUUGUUGUUUAUCUGACAUAUGAUGGGAGUGUGUUCCACAGGGCGGGCGCCACUACUGAGAAGGCCCUCUGCCUGGUUCCCUGUAACCUCACCUCUAGCAGUGAGGAAGCCGUCAGAAGGCCCUCGGAGCUGGACCUCAGUGUCUGGGCUGAAAGCCUGGAGAACUGCUGUCAGUCAGUGUAAACAAUACUGAGCCCGAUGUUCUAAUGGUGUGCAAUGACUUCCUGUGUUUCUAUAGUGAUGGCAUAGUCCAGAGAAGAGGGAAAAUCUACAGGAUCAUGUUUCUGGCAGUCAAAAGGUUACAGAGAGUGUAAAGAAGCACAGUUAGAUUUUGCAGGGACUGUGGCAUGGUUUCCCAGAUCUGCUGUUACAUUUUGAUGUACAUGAUAAACAUUAUGCAUGGCAUGACAGUGCCGAGUUCAUGAAAAAUUUUGCUGUAUGCACAGUAUUUUAAAUUGCCUCUUGAAAUCAACGUGCUUUUUCUGUCUGUAUGCAGGCUAGGUCCUUCAGGAAGAAUGUUCCUGUUAAAGCAUUUCCUGCCUUUCUCUAUACCGUAAGUGGGGCUACUGCUUUUUUACCCCCUUGAAAAUAACUUGGAUAAGCAAUAUGGAUCUCUCCCUGAAUACUUCAAGAAAGAUUGGGGUGCUGCUUGUAAUCUGGGUGGCUCUGCUCCCUCCCAAGUGUGCCCCAGGGCCUUCUUUGAAAUUCAGAGCUCCUGUUUCUUAGAUGCACAUAGGAGUUUGAUGUGUUCUGCAGUGCUGCUUCUGAUAGCGUCAUUCUCUCCAUAGCCAGUGUUCGGGCUGUGGGUGCUGUUGGUUUUGUAACAAGAAUGGCACCACUUUUGCACAAGAGGGAGGAAACCACAGGCUUUGAGUAUCCCAGGGUUUGCAAAAGUACAAAAUCUCUUGGGGGUGUGGGGAAGCUAAAGAGGGUGGAACGGAGACAAAAAAAAAUCCCAAUGAAGACUGAGCAUACUCAGUGGAUGCCCAGCACAACAUGGGGGGGUAGGACAGAAAACCAGGAGGGGGUGGGGUGGAAGAAAAGUAUUGAAUAUCUUGAUCAGGCACACUCUACAUUGCCAAAAUUUUGUUGCAGGCUUGGCUUUUGACAUCUUAACUUUCACCAGUGUGGUAUUUUUAUUUGGUACUGAUCACUAUAAAUGGAUGUUUCAUCCGUUGCGGCUGUUAAUCUCUUGUCCUUUCACUUUAGUAAUAGUAAUAAUAAUAAUAUCCCUUUCUUUUCCAGGCUGCUCUUGAGGAUUAUUUGAAUAAAAUACAGAAAGUUGACUUUGAUAUAUUUCAUCCAAGUUUGCACAGGAAGAGCACUUUACUACCUUUGCAUUUGUAUAUUAGAUCCUGGAAAAAAACAUAUUAAAGUGUAUUCGACAUGAGAUCCGAGUCUUUCUGGUUAUUUUUGGCUGAGUUUUAGCCUCACUCACCUUGCAGGUUGCUCUAAGUGACAUACAUAAUGGUUUUUCACCCUCUUCUCCUUCCCUGCCCACUGUUAACGCUCACAACAACCAUGUUAGGAGAGUUAGACUGAUCUAGUAUCACAGAGUAAACUUAUCGGCUAAACCAGGAUUUGAACCCAGGUCUCCCCAUUGAUGUCCACCACUCUUCACUACACCACACUGGCUGGGCUUCUAGGUUAGACUGAUCACUGGCAGGGGAGCCAAUUCCUAGGGCUCUUUUUCCUGGCAUAUGUGCUGCUUAUGUUGAACACCCUGGCUAGCUAUUUGUUUAUUUAAACCGUGUCUUGCCUUUCCUUUUGUGGCUAGCAACAGAU